AUGCUUCAGAUGAAAACUGCUUUCCAUUUGGUUUCUGCUUCCCUUUAUGCAUUCAUAUGCUACAAGGAUACUCAAAUAGUGACGGGAGCAAAUUUACCAAUCCCUUUCAACGGAUGGUCCAGAUUUGUUUGGCUUACUAUUAUUGACCUGUAUAUGCAAACUCUGUACCACUCAAUUGGAUUCUUGCUUUCGAUUUUCUCCUUAAAUAGAAACCAUGUGAUUUUCGACUACUGGGCCCGUGCUCUUGUUGGACCAAUCGGCGUGGCUGUCACUGUUCUUUUCUGGGGACUUUUCUUGUUUGAUCCAGCUACCUUGGCACGUGAUGAAAUGGCCAUGAAAAUUCUGUCGAUCGCCUGGUUCAAUCAUGGACUGCACACACUCCCAGCUAUCACUGCUCACUUGGACACUGUUAUUUACAAGCACACUUCCUUCUCUACAAGCGCCAUUUUGAAAGGAAUUGCUGUGUUUGUCACUCUGUACCUUAUUGAUCUUCACUACGUCUUCUACACUUCUGGCUUCUGGGCAUACCCGAUUCUUGGAGAGUUGGAACCACCAUACCGCUUUGUUUUUAUUGCUUCCUGUAUGUUUGUUGUUUAUCUUGGAUAUGCCUGGCUUUCUAUUGUUCAUUCAAUGGUCCAUGGAGUGGAUAAGAAAAGAAAUAAGAAACAUUAG